AUGAGGGCGAAGGCCAAGCAUAACGCCCCCAUCAACGUGUUCUAUGAUGCUCGUUCUACUCUCAACAACAUAUCCCGUGAGCUCGAAGGCUUAAGUCAACGUACCGGCACCGAGACUUUACUUUUUGCGGUUCGCUCAAGCACGGACCAGUAUAACCAGCCCUUCGUCUAUGCUAGCAACGAUCGCCUUCCUGAGUACUUCUACCUGAAGACAAAAACUGACAUCCUGACAUUUGCCAUCAAGAUGGAAUCCUAUGGCAUCUCCGGCGUGGAAGGAGUUGUGAUGAAUCAUGUCGAGGAGAUACUUGACCUCAAGCUGAGGAUAAGUGCAUUGAUCAUUCAGAAGCUCCAGGAUAUCUCUCCGUUAAAAAUUUCGAAAAUGUACUACAAAGGUUUUGAAGAGAGGAUGACGGCUCGCUAUCGCAUUACCGUCGUCAACUGGCCCCUCAAAGAGUUCAAGAGCCCUGGCGACAUCUCCCACAAGGGUGACCUGCAGCUCCUGUAUCGUGCAUGGGAGAGCGGCACGACACACUUCAAGCUUCUCAACGAUGAGGAACACAAGGAGUGGGAGGAGGAACGAUUCCAAGGAAGAAUGCGGGAGAUGCGUGGGCCGACAGCUGAGGAUGAGGGCGAGGAGGACGAGCUGAACAGUGUGUUACCCACAUCCCCUGUGCAGUCACCUGUGCCCGAGUCCACCGCAUCCAACAGCGAGCCCAUCAACAUUAAUGCCAUGGCUACGAUGACCAUCAAUGAAGGGGCUGGGUCUGCGAAUGACGAUACCUCAUCCCCUUCCUCUGCAGCAUUGAUCGUGGGUCAGGGCGCGUCCAGUCAGACGUCCUCCAGUGCAAAACGUCAUGCACUGGCCAAUGGUGCAGGAGCACACAAGAAGGCCAAGACUGUCCAGCCUCUCAGCAGCUUCAUCAACAUCGUCACAGGUGCUGACGGCAACCCCCUCACGGUUCAGAAGAAAACUUGCAAGGAGCGCUCGGACAAAGGCAUGAAGAAGGGGCCAAGGAAGAAGCAAGCUGCCGGCAAUGAGAACACGAACCCAUCUUCAACCACCACCUCUGAACCUGCCCCACCCGUCUCUGUCCCUCCCACAUUGGCCACCUCUCCUCAUCGUCCCUCCACUCGUCGCCGUCGUGUUCCCCCUGCCUUGGCCUCUGCCUGCAAUACUACCUCUGUGCCUGUCAUUGCCCUGCCUACUGCCCCUGGCCCUACCGUUCCCAUCCCUGCACCUGCUGCCACCACGCCCGGUACUCCUUCCACCUUUGCACCCGGCGGUGCUCCUUCUCCCUUCGUGCCUGGAGCUCCUUCCCCCUUCGUACCGGGCACUCCUUCCACCUUCGUGCCCGGUGAUGCCCCUUCCAUGUUCAUGCCGAGCACUCCUUCCAUCUUCACGCCCAGUGCUACUUCCAUCUUCGCGCCCGGUGCUACUUCCAUCUUCGCGCCCGGUGCUCCUGCCACCUUCGCGCCCGGUGCUCCUGCCACCUUCGCGCCCGGUGGUCCUACCACCUUCGCGCCCGGUGCUCCUGCCACCUUCGCACCCGGUGUCUCUACUCCUUUUGUCUUCAUGCUGGCUGGCCCUGCUCCCUCGCUCUUUGCAACUGAUGCAUCUCCGUUGCUAAAUAUAUAG